AUGAUCGCAGACUGCAACGCGUUCCAUGAAGUGAAAUCCGGCGACACGUGCGCGAGCAUCGCCCAGAGUGCAAGCAUCUCGGUCUCGCAGUUUACGGCGUGGAACUCCGGCGUCGGGACGGGCUGCACCUCGCUGUGGCUCGGGUACUUUGUCUAUGUCUCGCGAGUGGGUGCUAUGGCGACACUGACUACGACAACCACAAGCGCAGGUAACGGGAUCGCCACGCCAACCCCAACACUUCCCGGGAUGGUGGCGAACUGCGAUGCUUUCUACCUAGUGAGAUCAAGUGACGGGUGUGCCGCGAUAGCCAGCAGCAAGGGAAUAAGCCUUGCGCAGCUUGACGCGUGGAACACGAAUCUCGGGACCGGCUGCACGGGGUUAUGGGCUGAGUACUAUGUCUGUAUUGGUGUGCUGUGA